CUUUUUUCAAUGCGAUCAGGAAGUGACACAAAUUCUAGAAUUCGGGCAAUCAAAAUGGUGCAUUUUCAUUAGAGAGGGUCACACAUCACAACCGUGUUUGCUAUCAUGAGCCUCACCAGAUGCUUGGUGGUACAGACGGAGGUUAGAGAAUUUAUAAAGCAGUGUAUGCUGGCAGUUGGCACUAAAGCCAGUCAUGCCAGCAGCCUUGCAGAUGUUCUGGUGGAGGGAGACUUGAGCGGCCAUUACAGCCACGGACUCAACCGCAUGGAUUUAUAUGUAAAGGAGACUAAGGCGGGAAUCUGUGCGAAGGAGGGUGAGCCGGUGGUGGAAAAGGAGUCGGUGGCUACAGCACUUGUGAACGGGAAGAACCUCCUGGGUCCAGUUGUGGGAAACUUCUGCAUGAGUUUAGCUCUGAAGAAAGCACAAGAUGUGGGCAUCGGCUGGGUCGUGGCUUACACAUCCAACCAUUAUGGAAUUGCUGGCUAUUAUUCCAAACAAGCACUGCAAAAGAACAUGAUUGGCAUGUGCUACACUAAUACCUCUCCUCUAGUGGUUCCUACACGAGGUAAAGAGUGCACAUUGGGGACAAACCCUAUUAGCGUAGCAGCUCCUGCUAAUGAUGGAGACAGCUUUGAGCUGGACAUGGCAACCUCAGCUGUUGCUCUCGGAAAGGUGGAGCUUCAUGCACGUAAUGGCCACUCUAUCCCAGAAGGUUGGGGUUGUGAUGCCAAUGGUGUUCCCAGUUCGGACCCUACUGCAGUGCUAUCCGGAGGAGGCCUGGUACCUGUGGGUGGCAGUGAGACAACAGGAGGUUACAAGGGUUAUGGACUUGCACUAAUGGUGGAGGUGUUCUGUGGCAUUCUCGCUGGCUCAAACUACAGCAGACAUAUACGCACAUGGAGACUAACUGACAGAAGAGCAAACCUGGGUCAGUGCUUUGUGGCAUUAAAUCCAGAAUUCUUUGCUGAUGGAUUCAAUGACAGAAUGUCUGAUUUGCUGUCUCUACACAGGAACCUUGAGCCAGCGAAUCCACAGAUGCCAGUACUGGUCCCAGGAGACCCGGAGAAGAAACAUAACCAGACCUGCCGGGAGCUGGAUGGGAUCCCAUACUCGCUAAGUGUAGUCAAGCACAUGAACGACGUUGCCAGCACUUUGGGAGUGUCUGUUCUGUUGCCGACACACAGACUCGUUCAGUAAAAUGGCAGCCAGAUGGCGCUAAUGUGCAUUUCUGGAUCAAUCUUUCUUGAAUAAAGCAUCACCUGAAAUGAUGAAGUCAAGAUUUCGACUGUAAAGUGAAGCAGGAUUACAGUCACUAAAAAAAAAAUAAUUAAAUAAAUUUUAUGUACAAAA